GUUACUGUCAAAGUCAGCUUGUUUUGUUGUUGCAAGCAAUUUGUAAACAUUGCAUUAUUUUUUUAUAAGCAUCGUGUUUUAAAUAACCAUGGCGCCAAAAAAGAAAAGUUCAGACACAAAUUCAAAGGAAGAAUUAUCUAAAUGGAGUAAAGAGGAACUUAUAGCAAGGAUAAUACAACUAGAAGCGCAUAAUGUACAGCUUAAGAAUAUUAUAAGCAAGAAUUUCUCUGAAUCUUCAUCAGAUAGUGGGUCGAAGGAAAACAAAAGACAGGUGGAUUUUAGCAAAUACCAUUUCCGUCGUGUCCUACUCCGCAUAUUCUACUUCGGAUGGGAUUACAAUGGUCUUGCAGUACAAGAGGACUCGAAUCAAACUAUAGAACAUUUUGUCUUCCAUGCCCUCACCAAAUCCUGCUUGAUACAGAGUCGGGAGACCUCCAAUUACCAUCGGUGCGGACGCACUGAUAAAGGAGUUAGUUCUUUCGGACAGGUAAUAUCGAUAUCCCUACGAAGCAAGUUUCCGCCCUCCGAACAGAAUUCAGAAGAAUCUUUAAAAAACGAAAUGGAUUAUUGCAAGAUCCUGAACAGGCUUCUUCCUAAGGAUAUUAAAGCAGUCGCCUGGAUGCCUAUACCUGAAAAUUUACCUGAAUUUAGUGCUAGGUUUGAUUGCAAGAAGAGACUAUACAAAUACUAUUUCCCUCGAUCCAUGCUUGACAUCAGAGCUAUGAAGGAAGCCUGCAGUUACCUCAAAGGGUCGAAUGAUUACCGCAACCUUUGCAAGAUGGAUGUCGGAAACGGCGUAGUGGAAUUCAUCAGGGAGAUCUUGUCGGCUGAUAUUUUUGCUGUGAACCCUGACGAUUUGGAGUCACCGACGUCAAUGUACUACCUCCAGAUCGAAGGUAACGCCUUCCUAUGGCAUCAGAUCCGGUGCAUCAUGGGCGUUCUACUCCUCAUCGGCCAGGGUAAGGAGCAACCGGAAGUCAUCAAGGAAUUAUUGGAUGUGGAGAAAAAUCCAAGGAAACCCCAAUACAACAUGGCGUUGGAUUUGCCUCUGAAUUUAUUUCACUGUUCUUACGAUAUAACUGAGACUCAGGACUGGAGGUAUAGCAAACAGGAGCUCGCAGAAGUCUUGGGCCAUCUGCAGAGUGAAUGGACACUGCAUAGCAUCAAAACAACAAUGAUAAAAGAAGUUAUCAACGAAAUUGAAUCCCUGUAUAGCAAGUGCGAGAGCGAGACGCAAGAUACAGACAGCCAGCAGAGAGAAAAGGACAGAGUUAUAGCGUAUGCUGAUUGUCUCAUACAGGGUGUUAAAGCUAAAGUAUAUAAGCCAUUGCUGAAGAGAGAUACGUGUUCAAGUCUAGAAGAAAGAAUAGAACACUAUAAAAAGAAAAGAAAAUUAGCUGAUCCCAACGAGGAAGCAGAAGGAAAGAUGGAUGUGUAAAUAAAUAAAUAUUUUUAAAUUGAA